AUGUAUUUGUACUUGAAUAUACUCAGAAACAAGAGGGCGACUCAAACUGAAGUAAACAACAGUUUAGCUCCUUGGCCAGAAAUUGUUCCAAAGUUCUCAGAAGCUAUUCCAGAAUGGCGAGCCGCAUGGCCGAUACACAUUUAUUUAACAUCGAUAGCGUAUAUCAUGAUCUUAUUGACAUGUCUAUAUUUGCUUUAUCUCAAAAUCCAAGAUAAACUUCAAAAUCGAGGUAGAAAUAGCCAACUAUCGUUAUCAUUGUAUUCUAAUUUGGCAAUAUGUGCACUAACUCGAUCUUGUGCUCUGUUAAUUGACCCUUAUGCAUCAAGACCGUCUAUUUUACCAAUUGUUUUUCACUUGCUCUGGGCAUUAAGUUUGCCAGCAUUCACUGCAGCAUUUACUAUGUUACUCUUGGCGUUGCUCGAUACUACCAAAAAAUACAAGACCCCGCCAUUUUUUCAUAAAAGUCGAAAUAUUGCCAUCGUCAUUAUCAUUAAUUUUGCAUUUGUCAUCUUGCUUGAAUUAUUAGUACAAUUCUUUACGGAAGCCAAAGUUUUAUUGAUCGUUUGCCAAGGAACUUAUAUCGUUUUCAACCUGUUCCUCUCGGUUGGUUACUUUAUUGCUGCGAAAAGAAUUACUACCAAUCUUGUUACUGAAGCUCAAGGCUACGACAAAGAUUUUAAUAAAUCACUAAAGCGUUUAAUUUAUUCCAUCUACGCUUGCUCCAUACUAUCUCUUUUAACAUGUAUUUCUCAUAUUUAUGCUAUGGUUGGCGUUUAUAGUGUAUUAUCUCCUGUUCGCUACGCUGAAGCCUGGCCAUGGUGGGCUUUCCAAAGUAUUCAGCGCGGUUUAGAAUUAAUCUUAUGCCUUAUAAUGUUGAUUAUUAUUUGGGGUAAACAUUCCAGUAAUCGAAGUGCUCCUAUAGCCCCGGAAAGUCAGCAUUCUACAUUCCACGCCUCCGAUUAUGUUCAAUUAACAUCGUCAUCGAAAAUUAAUCAUAAUAGUAAGGAAGAAUUAAAACUAGAUUUGACUAAAACGGCAUAA